GUUUCUUUUACUCACACUUACCGUGGACACUCGCCUUUGUUCUCGCCAUUCUGAUGAUUAUCGCAGUACAAACAACCCUGCAUGGAAAGGAUACCACUGGGCAAUUUUGGGUCCAGCCAGUUUUCUUUCGUUUCCUUUUGUCGAAUCCAAAGCAAACCACUAACAAAUGACACCUUAUCAAGCAACAUCAAUCAGGACAAGACCAAGUGGAUCCCCAUCACCUUCGCUAACAAGUAACACCACCAGCCCCAAGGUACCAAGAUGGCGUCAUCCAACCUCCACCUCACAUCAGACACGCCCAAGACGCGAUCAGCAUCCUUUCAGCCCUGGUUCAGCAACCCGAGACUACCACCACCACCGGUCUUCGGAGGAGCGAUCAAUGGGGGUUACAGAAGCCCGGAUUGGCAACACGGCAGCAAGUCAUCUUUGCCGACCAUCGACCCCGCACAUGGUGUUAUGCUACGAAGGCUUGACGUGCUUUUGGGGGAACCUCCAGAAAUGGCAUGGGAUGGAACGAUACACCGCGGAUACGGUACUACCAGAAACAAUGCAUGGCGAUAACGCGCCAGUUUGGGCAAGAGACUCAGAAGAGGGGGAGUGAUGGCGAUGAAGCAGUGUCGAUGAUGUGAUGCUGUCGCAUGGUGUAAUGCCGUGACAUGAAUUUGACUAUCGCGUGGAGUCAGGACACUCACAAAUACUUCGUGGAGUUGUUGUGUCCAUGUCCUUGUGCUUUGUUCGUUUCUUUUGCGGGAAAAGAGAAGG